AUGCUAACCCAGGGUCCAUCUCUUGUCGAAGUUGCCCAACCUGCUUGUCCAGGGACCCCUUCCGAUUCACUUGCCCUUUCAACUCUGCCCAUUCUAUCUUUAUCUAACACUCCUCUAAUUUCCGUUGCCAAUGAAGCCUUCAUACAUGGAACCUCGACCAUCACUGGCCCCAACCACUGGCCCCAACCACUGCUGACUGUCCUGGGCGCAAACUCGAUAUCCCUGUGGAUGCAGAUCCUGAGGAUGAUCACACUACUCUUUAUCACCUGCUCGACGAGGAAGGAUGCGAUUCAACAAGCCACCAAUGCUGGUUUAUUCAUUGACAGCAUCACCGAAGAAAUCAUUGCUGAGUUCACGCUUGAUCCACUGAUGGCUGCUCCGGGUUCGCAACAUGCUUUUGCUCAGCAUGUGGUACUCUGGAUCAGUUGCAGUGGUUUGUUGCAGUGGUUUGAUGAUUACAAGUUACGUAAACAAGCUGCCAAAGUUGCUCUCAAAGCGGCUGGCACUGCUAACCCUUCCUCUACUUCCCCUUCCCAGCUACCCUAUGACCUGGGGCUAAUCUAA